AUGGAUCCCUUACCACCCUAUUCGGAGCACGACCAGGGCGGCCCCGGGCCGACUGCGCAGGAUGAACUGCCCGCGUAUCACCAGACAGCCAGCGGCUCGAAGACGAUACAAAGUGCGACUGUCAAAUUCCCGCCAUCCAUGAACGGCUAUCUCCAAUGGAAACUGACCAGCACUUUCCACCUGGGCCCGACCGCCGAGGACAAACUUUUCGCAGCGUCCACUCAUGCCAAUAUGUUCCACAACAAGCCGACGAUCACUCUACAUGACGGGCCAAGUGAUAAAGACCCGAUCCUGGCAACGGUUCACACCGACAAAUGGGGUCGAGUCAGACCCAUGAUCCUUACUCUUCCUCCCCGGCCCGGAGGUUCACACGGAGAUGCCAUCGUAGAAGAGAUGAGUAUAGAGAACCACCGGUCGACAUAUACUUUUGAAACGAAUGCAGCUGGUAAAGGGGCCGGGCGAGAGCGUUUCGAGUGGCGCAAAAGUCGUGGCAAUGAAAUCUCGGAGCUUGCCAGUGGUCACUCUUAUGGCUGGAAACUGGUGUGGCUGUCGGGGCCGGAGAGCAACGCCGAAGGGAGCCGAAAAGAACGACACCCGGGGAUUUCAAGCGAUGGCCUGGAAAUCGUGGCGAUCCUCGCCCAUAAUAGAUCGCUGAGCAUGACCAAAGCUUUUCACUUUGCGUUCCUCGGCACAGGACUCACCGGGACAUUGGGCGAGACCUGGGAGAUUCUGACUGUUGUUUCGGCUCUGGAACUUUGGUACAAGGACGUUAUAAAUGCCGCUGCAGCGGCUGGCCGUGAUGACCCCACGUCAUCCCCCACCAAACAAACAAAGCAACUCAUUCACUUCCUCACCACGUCCUGGUUUCAACAACCACCCAUCCGAGUGUUGUCGACGAUGAAUUCAGCAGCUAUUCCCGCCGCCGAUCUCCAGUCCUUCUCCGAGUAUCUGAAAGGCUGCAAACGCAUCCUCGCCCUCCUCGGAGCUGGACUCUCCGCGUCGUCUGGCCUGCCCACCUUCCGAGGCGCCGGCGGCCUCUGGCGCUCCUACGAUGCCACCUCCCUGGCGACACCGGGCGCUUUCAAUGCCAACCCGGGUCUGGUGUGGCAGUUCUACAGCUAUCGGCGACACAUGGCGCUGAAGGCGGAACCCAACCGAGCACACUUCGCGCUCGCGGAGCUCUCGCGACGGAAUAAAGAUUUUAUCACAUUGAGCCAGAAUGUCGAUGGUGCUGACCAGACUAUUUGUCUCUCGCAGCGAGCGCACCAUCCACCGGAACAGUUACACCUGCUCCAUGGCUCGCUCUUCAAUAUCAAAUGCACCUCCUUCUACUGCAACUAUUCCCGGGAUAACGACUUCACCGACCCCAUCGUCCCGGCCCUGGCCAUCCCAUCCCAAACCGCGCACCCCGACCCCUCCACCAUCGACAAGACCGGCGCAGAAGCGUCCCAGUCGCUGCAGAAUGCGCUCUCCCACAGCAGAGCAGGACACGAAGUCGAUAUCUCCGAUCAGCGCAACCCCAUCCCCGAGUUAACACCGGCCGAUCUCCCCCAGUGCCCGAAAUGCAGGAACGGUCUGCUCCGGCCGGGAGUCGUUUGGUUUGGGGAGAGCUUACCCGCUGACACGCUGAGGGCGGUGGAUAACUGGAUCGAAGCCGGGCCUCCGGUCGAUUUGAUGCUGGUUAUCGGCACGAGUUCGCGCGUCUGGCCUGCUGCCGGGUAUGUGGAUGAGGCGCGGGACAGGGGUGCUCGUGUCGCGGUGAUCAAUAUGGAUCCCGAUGAUCUCCCUGGCAGUGGGCUGGAACAGGGGGACUGGUUCUUCCAGGGGGAUGCGGGUGUUAUCGUGCCGGAGAUUCUCAAGAGCGUGAUUGGGGAGAUUUGA